GUUGAUGUGGAAGUCGCUCUUUAGCCAGCACUGGCAGCCGCCUAGGGCUAGCCAUGUGAGCCAAGUUUUUUCCAGUGCCCCUAUCUACGACCUCAUAUUCCGCGAUUUGAGUCCUCGCACCCUGGUGUGGUUGUCGCGCACAUGCCACAUGAUAUAUAAAGCGGUAAUCCAUUUUUGCCAGCGUGCAUACAACAUAAAUCGACAUCUGUCGCGUUAUUUCCCCGAUCCCCUCUCAUUUCGCUCUCUCCAAGCGCGGACUGGUCUUGUCAUUUCAGGAUCAAGUGCACUUCAAUUUUUGGACCGUACUUUCUACCCCGAAUCAGAUCUCGACAUCUACUCUCACCCUGGACAUGUUUAUGAGGUGCUAGACUGGAUCGAGAGCUUUGGGUAUCGGUUUGAACCACACAAGUAUCAAGAGGAGGACUGGCGUAGUCAGGUUUCAGCUGAAUGGGAUGGCACACAGCCGAGAAGGCUCCCACCCGUGGAGCCACUGUGGCACUCAGAAGAUCAUGUACGCUCGACGCGGUAUUCUAACAUCAAUGAAGUCUACACCUUCAAGCGUUAUGUAUUCAUAGAUGAAGAGCUUGUAGAACUUCAAGUCCAAGUUAUUGAGGCAAUCCACAACCCUAUUGAUACUAUCCUGAAGUAUCACUCAACUUGCGUCAUGAAUAUCAUCACUUUUGAUGCGGCGUAUUCAUUCUACCCAAUCGCGACAUUUGAGGACCGAAGCGCACUCCAAAUCCCUGGAUCGAGGCACCGCCCGGACGUUCUCGCAAAGUAUAUCAGGAGGGGUUGGAGAGUCUAUACGUUAUUAAGGCCCGGUGAUUUUGCGCAGCCCCAUGAAUCUCCAUUCCUCCCGAACGUGACACGAUGGGUCGGUGAUCGUCAUUGUUGGAUCGUUCCACUAGAUACAUCGGGAGUCGAACUUCGUCCAGCGUUAUCUCCAACAUCAAGACAAUUUUCAUGGGACCCCUCCACCCAGAACGGUUGGACAAUGUUGGCCAAACGAUCCAGCUCAGUGGAAAUGGAUUCCAACCUCGUCGCGACCACUAUGUUCCGUUACAACUAUAUUAUUCCCAGUGAAUCGCUUGCUUUGGAGAUUCGUGGGUGGGUAUCCUCCCAGGGUCAAUUUUACCACAAGUCAGUAACGAGAUAUGAAUGGACUUGGUUCGACUCCGAAAUUCCAGGGUUCCGUAAGUUUGGCGUAGCGGGGGUGACAUGUUAGAGUUGGCUGUUUGGUAGGUGGACCAGGCCGGCACCGUCAUUUUAUCUGGUCUUUUAUUUUUUCAAGACUCGUCCCACACGCAUCACACAGGUUAGAAAUUAUUUGCAAAUGUCAUUCUUUUGGGCAUGUUUGAAAAAA